AUGGCGUUUUUAAGACCGAGGGAACAUGACCAGACUGAAGGGAAGGUGAUCAGGGGACUUAGGACAGGGAUAUGGGACCAGGGACCAGGGAUGUUGGGAGAGGGUCCAGGGGACAAGUGGAAGAUUUUAAUCUUCCUGUUGAUGUUCUGCACCUCUUCUGAUGAAACCUCAGGAAAGUUCGGGGACGGGUACACCAUCAUCCUGCGCGUGGGGGGGCCGGACGCAGACCUGCUGCCCGUCAGGAAGUUCAUCGAGAGCGAGCUGCGCGGCAGCACCCUGAAGGAGCAGCACCGCAACAUGCUGCAGUACCAGCUGCCCUCCUCCCUCACGUCCCUCACACACAUCUUCAGCAUCCUGGCCCAGAACAAGGACACGCUCCACAUCGAGGACUACUCCGUCACCCAGACCACGCUGGAUCAGGUGUUUGUGAACUUUGCGAAGGACCAGAGUGACGACUAUCACUCCAAAGACUCGGUGAGACGGCGAGACGGCGCCAUCGAGGCCGGCGUGCUGAGCGGCGGCGCCUGCGCCCUGGGGGAGAGCGUCAUGUGACACGGCUUUGAUGUCACAGCUGAGUCCUGUGGGCGGAGCUACCUGCCGCCUCAUGCCAGUCAAUGCAAGCGUGCUCCUGCAGCGCCGCCGCGCGCUUUAACGACACUUGAAUAGCGACUGUCCGACUUCCUGCUGACGUCUUCUCCUUCUUUUUCUGUGAUUAUUGUCUUUA